UGAGAACCGUCUUUCAAAAUGCGUGUAUCUACCGCAACACCGACUCCACUCUGUCCACAUCUUUUGUUGCACCCUUCGACAUCUAGAUUAAGAUUAGGUUUAGCCGCUUUCAAAUUGUUUUUUCGAUCUAUCGAGCUUCUGGCAUCGUGGUCUAGCGAGUCUUUGAAGUUUUCUGUCGCAUAGUACGGGUCAUUCCAAGAAAGUAUCUUAAAAGUCUCUCACAAUGGUGAAGUUCACGGCAGAAGAGCUUCGUGUCAUUAUGGACAGGAAGGAAAAUAUUCGUAACAUGUCUGUCAUUGCUCAUGUUGACCAUGGAAAGUCCACACUGACGGAUUCCCUAGUGGCUGCUGCGGGUAUUAUUGCUCAGGAAGUUGCUGGUGAUGUUAGAAUGACAGACACACGAGCUGAUGAGGCUGAACGUGGUAUCACAAUCAAGUCCACCGGAAUUUCCCUGUACUAUGAGAUGUCGGAGGCAGAGUUGAAGAAUUUCAAGGGACUCCGAAAUGGGAAUGAAUACCUCAUCAAUCUUAUUGAUUCUCCUGGACACGUUGACUUUUCAUCAGAAGUGACAGCAGCCCUUCGUAUUACGGAUGGAGCACUUGUGGUGGUUGAUUGCAUUGAAGGAGUGUGUGUACAAACUGAAACUGUCCUCCGCCAAGCUCUUGGUGAAAGGAUACGACCAGUUUUGACAGUUAACAAGAUGGAUAGGUGUUUUCUCGAGCUCCAGGUUGAUGGAGAAGAAGCAUACCAGACGUUCCUAAGGGUGAUUGAGAAUGCUAAUGUUAUCAUGGCUACAUAUGAGGAUCCACUUCUCGGUGAUGUUCAGGUUUACCCAGAAAAGGGUACAGUUGCUUUCUCUGCCGGAUUACAUGGUUGGGCAUUCACACUCUCUAAUUUUGCCAAGAUGUAUGCUUCUAAGUUUGGUGUUGAUGAAUCUAAGAUGAUGGAAAGGCUUUGGGGUGAGAAUUUCUUUGAUCCUUCUACAAGGAAGUGGUCGACCAAGAACACUGGCUCUCCGACAUGCAAGCGUGGGUUUGUGCAGUUCUGUUAUGAGCCCAUUAAGACGAUUAUUUCCGCCUGUAUGAAUGAUCAGAAAGAUAAGCUGUGGCCUAUGUUACAGAAACUUAAUGUCACUCUGAAAUCUGAAGAGAAAGAAUUGAUGGGAAAGCCAUUGAUGAAACGUGUGAUGCAGACAUGGUUGCCUGCCAGUAAAGCACUUCUGGAAAUGAUGAUAUACCACCUGCCUUCACCUGCCAUUGCUCAGAGAUACCGUGUUGAGAACUUGUAUGAGGGACCACUUGAUGAUCAAUAUGCUAAUGCCAUUAGAAAUUGUGAUCCGGAGGGUCCUCUAAUGCUUUAUGUUUCCAAGAUGAUUCCGGCAUCUGACAAGGGUAGGUUUUUUGCCUUCGGUCGUGUUUUUGCAGGUAAGGUCAGUACUGGGAUGAAGGUCAGGAUCAUGGGUCCAAACUAUGUACCUGGGGAGAAAAAGGACUUGUAUGUGAAGAAUGUUCAGAGAACUGUUAUUUGGAUGGGUAAGAAACAAGAAACUGUGGAGGAUGUGCCAUGCGGGAAUACAGUGGCUCUGGUUGGUCUUGAUCAAUUUAUUACAAAGAAUGCUACUCUGACCAAUGAGAAGGAGGUUGACGCACAUCCUAUCAGAGCCAUGAAAUUCUCUGUGUCGCCUGUGGUGCGGGUAGCCGUUCAGUGUAAGGUUGCAUCUGACCUUCCCAAGCUUGUUGAAGGGUUGAAGCGCCUGGCAAAGUCUGAUCCUAUGGUUGUAUGUACAAUUGAAGAGUCAGGGGAGCACAUCAUUGCUGGUGCGGGUGAGCUUCACCUUGAGAUCUGUUUGAAGGAUCUGCAGGAAGAUUUCAUGGGCGGUGCUGAAAUUAUUAAAUCUGAUCCCGUAGUGUCUUUCCGUGAAACUGUUCUUGAGAAGUCAUGUCGUACAGUCAUGAGCAAAUCUCCCAACAAGCACAACCGUCUUUACAUGGAAGCGAGGCCGAUGGAGGAAGGCCUUGCUGAGGCAAUUGAUGAAGGUAGAAUUGGACCAAGGGAUGACCCAAAAGUUCGCUCAAAGAUUUUGUCAGAGGAAUUUGGAUGGGAUAAAGACUUGGCUAAGAAAAUUUGGUGCUUCGGUCCUGAGACCACUGGGCCAAAUAUGGUGGUGGAUAUGUGCAAGGGAGUGCAGUAUCUUAAUGAAAUUAAGGAUUCUGUUGUAGCAGGCUUCCAGUGGGCUUCCAAGGAAGGGGUCUUAGCAGAAGAAAACAUGAGAGGCAUUUGCUUUGAAGUGUGUGAUGUUGUUCUCCAUGCAGAUGCUAUUCACAGGGGUGGUGGUCAGGUCAUUCCUACAGCCAGGAGAGUCAUAUACGCAUCCCAGAUGACUGCUAAACCACGUCUUCUUGAGCCGGUCUACUUGGUUGAGAUCCAAGCACCAGAGCAAGCUCUUGGUGGUAUCUACAGUGUUCUGAACCAGAAACGUGGUCAUGUGUUUGAGGAGAUGCAGAGGCCCGGAACCCCCCUUUACAAUAUCAAGGCGUACCUUCCUGUUGUUGAGUCAUUUGGCUUCUCUGCCUCUCUUCGAGCUGCCACGUCUGGGCAGGCAUUCCCACAGUGUGUGUUUGACCAUUGGGAAAUGAUGACAUCGGACCCGAUGGAGCCCGGAACACCGGCUGCUGAACUUAUUAUAUCAACCCGCAAGAGGAAAGGUCUGAAGCCACAGAUGACACCGCUCUCCGAGUACGAGGACAAGUUGUAAGGCGUGAUAAUGAUGAUGACAUGCUGAAGGUUCAUCUAUCCCUUCAGACAUGCAAUCUUUUCUGAACAUUUUCUAUUAUAAUUUUUGGUGAGACUGUUAUUUUCAUAUGCUGUGACUUCCAUUUCGGUGUAAGAUGGGCCUCUCUUCUUUAGCCAAUUUUAAAUAUAUUCCUGAAUUCUUUCUAUUGACAUUCACUACUGUUUUGGUAGUAGAAAUAUAUCCAUGCAUCUUAUCUUUGUAGAUAUCUGCGUUUGAUGUCUAUUUUUUUUUAAAAGAACAGAAACACAGCUGCCCCCAAAGGGCCAUUAUCUCUGAAUUAUUUGUGUGCGGUGAUUAGCUUUAUUUUUAUUAAGAGAGAACACUAUUGGUUUGUUGAUGAGAGGCGCUGUAAUAUGUGCACUCUUUUUGUACAAACUUGUUUCGAUAAAAGAAUGAUGAAAGUUUUUUUCG